AAAUACUGGGGCAUGCCAGAAAGCACCUCACGACGCAACAAGAGGCUGAGGAUCUAAUAUCCCGGUGGCAUGAGUCUAUAAACCAACUUUCUCUCUCUCUCCACAAUUCUCCUCCCAGGUCGCAGACAUCUAACUCACCAUGUUUGCGCAACGGCGAUGGCCAUGCAGCUCCUUCCUGCUGGCGGUCGUGCUCGCCCUCUCCUCGAUCGUCGGAUUCGCCGCUGCUGCGAUUGAGGAUUCCGAUAUAAGGCCCCAGUAUCACUACGGCGCCAGGAUCCCAAUUACAUGUCUAGAUCGCUCAAUCGAGACAGGAGAACACAUCCAAGAAGGCGACAAGCUGAAAUACGUCCCCUUCGCGACGUGCGAAGAGACCGGUCUCCCCCUCGACCUCCAAUACGGCGUCGAGGCCGACAUAAACUGCACCAUCGCCUCCGUCUCCGACCCUCUCUUCCACCUCCUCGAAUUCUACAUCCACAACGACGCACCGCUCUCGUGCCGUCUCCCCGCCCGGCCCCCAGCCACCGUCUCCCUCGCCGGCACCCAGCCGCCAGAGCAGGAAUACGUGCCCCUCGUGUUCGCGCUCGCGGGGACUCUACAAAGGUCCCACCUCCACGUCAGCACACACCUUAACAUCCUCCUCCACUCGGUGCCGAAGCACCACCUCCACAAGCACGAUUCGGGCGUCGUCGAUUCAGGCGCCGCGUACUCGACGAGUCCGCUAGCUUCGAGCUCCAAGGACCCACACCUCGCGUUCCCGUACUUCGCGAACAGCAACCACAAGCUCAUUAUUGGGGAUCCGCUGCCUCUCAGCUUCUCGGUGCGGUGGUUCCCGACGCCGGCGCUGCCGACGACGAAUGGGAGGUUUGAGUGGAAUGGGAUGGGGGGGCAUGUGUAUGCGAGCACGGUGUUUUAUGUGCUUGUUGCGUUUGGGGCGGGGGUGUUGGUGUGCACGGUUUACUUCUGGGGGAUUGUGUUGCCGAAGAGGCUUCAGGCGAGGGCGAGAGGGAUGGGGGGGGCGACGCCGUUGGGGGGGGGGUAUGGGAUUAAUAGUGCGGGGUUGGGGAAUGGAUGGGGGAUGGGGGGCGGGAAGAGGAUUGAUUAG